GAGCUGAGGGCUGCCCCAGGUGGCUCCGCCCCUCGCACUCGGGGCUCGUCUUUUCAAAAGUCGGUCCAACCCAAGCCUCGCGAUCGGCCACGCCCAUCAGGAGCCCCUUCCCGUAGCCGGUCCCGCCCCUUCCGAGACCCAGCCCUUGAACAUGGCAGUCGCUUGCGGUCUGUGGGGCUGUGAGGAUCCGAGCCGCUGGGCCGCCAUCCUGGCUCUCCACGGGGAGGUGCUGCGGGCGCGCGCGGGCCCCCAGGGGCAACUGGAAGCCCUGGAUCGAUGGUAUCGAGAGGAGUUGCCCAUGUCCAUUGAGGGCCGAGCGGAGAAGCACGUGACACGAGAAGAGCUAGAGCGGCUGAUGGCGUGGAAGCUGGCGAGGGGCCGCUUCCGUCCUCGCCUGCAGCAGCUGGUGGCCACCAACCCCCCAGAGCUGGUGGUGCAACGCUCGGCUUCGGCCUUCCGCCGCCUUCCAGACAUGCUGGCAGCGAUCACGGAAUUGUGCGCCCUCCGGGGCGUGGGCCCCGCCACUGCCUCGGCGGUCCUGGCUGUCGGAGCUCCUGAAGUGGCAGCCUUCAUGUCCGAUGAGGCAGUGGCCGCAGUGCCUGGCCUGCCAGCCCUGAAGUACACUCUGAAGCAUUACCUGCUGUACCUGGACCAGGUGCAGGAGCGUGCCAGAGCCCUGAGCCGAGGUAGUGCCUCAGGGUCGUGGACCCCUCACCAUGUGGAGACAGCAUUGUGGACCUGGGCUGUGGGGCAGAAGCUGUGCCCAUCCCUACUGCCCAACCUCAGCCCCAGCCUGGACAGCCCUGAGGAUACCAGGCCAGCCAAGAAGCUCAGGACCCAGGCAGACUGAACUUGGCUGUGGCCCAGGGCCUGCUCACCUGCCGUGUGAUUGUAGAAGCUCAAUAAAUCCUUGCUGAACUCA